UGUAAAUGGUAGACUAUAGUCUACCAUGCAAUUAGUUGUACAUCAGUAGGGCAUUUUCUCAUAUUAGGUACUCCUACACAAUCCACCCUUGUUCCUUUAUCUACUUGUACUGCUUGUGUAGUUCAACUUCUUUUCACUGUUUUUCAAUCAUGAUUGAUUUGUGUCAGUGGAGAACUAGAAUAGGAUCCUGGAACUGUUCCCGCCAUUGGAGACAACCCAGUGCUUGUACUAGUACUGGUAGCAGUUACUGUGGAACUGGUAGAGCUAGUACUGAUGAUACUGUACAGGAAAAGGGCCCUAGACUUGUUUUGUCUAUUUUUUGUCUUCUUAUCCUCCUCUUCAUAUCAGGAGAUGUGGAACUUAAUCCUGGACCCACUCUUACAGAUAAGCCAACAAAAGAUGAAUUGGUUGAGUUAUUGAAUAGCUCAAAGUUUACUGCUGGUACUUGGGAACAGUUUGUCUGUUGUCUUCCUAACAUGACACAAGAAGUCAUUGGUAAUAUCAAACAGAGUGAGAUGGUGCAGGGAGAAGGGAAGGAUGCUGGCCCAAUUGAUUACAUGAGUGCCGUAGCUCACCGUUGUCUUAAUGAUAAUCCUGAUAUGACAUGGAAGAGAAUCAUGAUGUCACUUUUAGAUGCAAAAGAAUGCAUUUUAACUAACCAAAUUUUGACUGACGUUGAAUGUUCAUGUGCUGGGAAAAAAGGUCAGUUUUACAAUUCUGCAAGUGACAUAAUUAUAUAUUUAUUUUACAAUAAUAGGAACAAAAGUAGAUGCUACUAAAAUAAUUAAAUCUACAUUAAGAGGGCGUUAUUCUUCUUUAUGUCAUGCUACUAAAAAUUGCUUGCAAUCAGUUUCUUGGGAAUUUUUUUCUAAAGAUCUUAUUAGCCGAGAUGUU